AGGGAAGGCGGAGCUCCGUCCCCGCCAUCCCGCCGGGUCCGGUCCGGUCCGGCCAUGUCCCGGGACGGCCUUCCCGCGGCGGGGCCGCGCGGCGCCAAGAGGGGCGGGACCCUCAGCCUCGUGGAAAUGAUUACAAACAAGCAAGGGAAAACACCAAUUCAGCUGCUACAUGAAUAUGGUGUGAAGACUGGUGUCACUCCAGUUUUUGAAUGUGAAAAAGCCGAGGGACAAAUACACCAGCCAAGUUUCACCUUUAAAGUAACCAUCGGUAAACUAACCUGCACAGGUGAAGGUCCCAAAAAGAAGGUGGCGAAACAUAAAGCUGCAGAAGCUGCCAUAAACCAACUGAAAGCAAAUUCUGGCAUCAGUCUUUCAGUGUCUGGCCCCGUAGUUCCUGAUUCUUGCAAGCAACAACAGAAACCGAAAAGUCCUAUAAAUUCUUUGCAGGAACUGGCAAUGCGGUGUGGCUGGAGUCUUCCUGAAUACACACUUUCCAAAGAGUCAGGGCCUGCUCACAAGAAAGAGUUUAUCAUGAACUGCAAGCUGGAAACCUAUGUAGAAACUGGAACAGGUGCAUCGAAAAAGCAAGCUAAGGAAAGUGCUGCUGAGAAGCUUCUUGCUAAACUGCAUACAGUCACCGCCGGUCAAAAGAAGUCCCUGGUAAAGCCAGUAGGAAAUAACUUAGGCUGCACUUGGGAUGCCAUGAAGAACUCUUCUGGUAAGAAAGUCACCUUACUGAAGAAAAGCCUUCUCAGCCUUCCUAAUACUGAUUACAUCCAGUUGCUUGGUGAAGUUGCAGAGGAGCAAGGUUUUUCUGUAACAUAUUUGGAUAUAGAAGAGCUGAGCAUUAAUGGACAGUACCAGUGCCUUGCUGAACUUUCAACCAGCCCCAUCACAGUCUGCCACGGCACGGGGAUUUCCUGUAGCAACGCUCACACAAAUGCAGCACACAAUGCCCUGCAGUAUCUGAAGAUCAUGGCAGAGACAAAGUGAACUCGGGAAAGUGGCAAAAGUAGCAUCAUCUCUGAGUGUGAAGUAGAGGUAUAUAUGUGUAUAUGUAUAUAGAAAAAAGAGGCUUCAAAACGUUCACUUGCAUAUGUUCGAGCUUUUGUGAUGUUUCUGGUAGUAGAGCAUCAGCAUUUCUAAUUUAAUUAUGGCCCAAGCAUGAUUAUGGCUAUUUAUUAUGGUUAUAAGUAAGCUGUUGGAUGAUGAUGUCUCGAAUUAAUAAACUUUGUCUCAUGAAGUAAAUUGCAGCUAGUAUAUUGCAAUGCAUCCGUUAGGUGCUUAGUGUUUGUUGACUAGUGUAAAUACCCAGACAGAUUAGGUGUGUAUUGUAUUUUUCCUCCUCUCUUCCUAUCCCUUUUUCUUUCCGCUCCUGCUGCAAUUCUUUCUGACCCCCCUCCUCUCCCUGUAGAUUUCUCAAAUUUUGUGGUGGCGUAUUUGUUCCUCUCCCCAUUUUUCCAUCUCUGGGGUUAAAUGUGCCUAAGCUCUAUUGGCUCAUCUCCUCACGUGCCCUUCUCUUUCUCCUCCACCUUCAGUGUUGCGGCAAUGCUUUCUCCCACUUUCUGUCUUCUCCCUUGCAGCCCCUCGCUCUGAUUUUUUCACCUUCUCCCCUGCCACUCUCUGACUGAGGCUCUCUACCGUUCCUCUUCCAUUCCUUUUGCUCUUUUCCCUGUCCUUUCUAUGAAGCACUCCCAUGUGUUGUUCUGCCCCUAGUAGGUAAUCUAUAAAUAAUGUUGAUAAGGUUUGUAAAACGUCUGCUCCCUCCCCCGUUCUUUCUCUUGAUAUUUGUGUCUGUAUUUAAAACUGUCACUCUAUUUCAUCUCUUCCCCCACCCCCUCUCUUUGUUUCUCUCCCAACAUCUCUAUCUCCUUGGCAAUUCCUGCCUUCUUCUUUCUCACUCUCCCUCCUCUCUGACCGCUUUAUGCCCAGAGAUGGGGGGCGAGGGGGGAGUCUGGUGGGUGGAAGGGUUAGGGCAGGAAUCACCCCUGCCCUGGCAUCCAGCUUACCAUCAAACUCCUGGAGAGACAGGGCAGGGGCUGCAGCUGUGCUUGGGACAGAAGGUGGAUGGGCUAAAAGAAGGGGAAAUGCAGACUCCUUUCUCCUCCCCACCCCUCGGGUGUCCGCACGUGGGGAUUUAAACUAUCCACGUGCUUGAGCCCUUCCAGCUAAUUAUACCAGCAGGGAGCCAGCUAGCUGAGAGCACUCUACGACUAUGACCCACAAAAUACCACUGAGGCUUUUUUAAUAAACACUCCGUAUCUUUAAGGUGAUGAUGAUGAUGAAAUAAAACUACUGUGGGGAAGUCCAUCUUUUUUUACUGGUGCUUAAAUUCUUUUUGGCAGAGAGUUGGUAAAUUGUAAAAGGUAAAGAGAAGAGACAUUUUAGUUCCAGU